UGCCUCCUCAGGGCAUGGAGGUGGUGGGUCUGCUGCUGUGUGUGGCUGCGGCCGUCCUGGCACUGGGCUUCCUCUGGGUUUGGGACUCCUGGGAGCGAAUGAAGAGUUCGGAGCAGGCUGGCCUGCCGGGAGGCGGAAGCCGGACUCUGUUGGUGACCGCGCACCCCGACGAUGAAGCCAUGUUCUUUGCUCCCACCGUUCUAGGCUUGGCCCGCCUGCGGCACCAGGUGUCCCUGCUCUGCUUCUCCGCAGGAAAUUACUACAAUCAAGGGGAGACUCGUAAGAAGGAACUUUUGCAGAGCUGUGAUGUUUUGGGGAUUCCACCCUCCAACGUAAUGAUUAUUGACAACAGGACCCUGCACGCCGAAGGGAAGUUACCUAAAGGGUGCCUGGUACUCACGCUCCAGUCUGUGAACCUGCUGCGCAAGUACCUCUCGCUGCUGGACCUGCCCUGCUCGCUGCUGCUCGCCCGUGACGCCCUCUUCGUGCUCAGCCGCCCAGAGGUGGCCCAGGCCCAGAGAGCCAUGUCCUGCCACCGCAGCCAGCUGCUCUGGUUCCGCCACCUCUAUGUGUUCUUCUCCCGGUACAUGAGAAUCAACUCUCUGCACUUCCUCUGAGCCGGGAAGGGCUCUCAGACCCAAGGAACAGAGAGAAAAAUGGCCAGGGAGCCCGGGGUGUGUCCGGAGCGGCUCAUCUCCCUGAGCCAAGCAGAUCCCAGCAUAAGGCUGCAUCCCGGGCCCCUCUCCUCCAAGCUGCUCAGCCUCUAAGAAAAGAGAGGCCCUGCAGGCCAACGGGCUGUCCAGACUUGAGCUUCUUCCUCUGGGGAACAAAACCACAACCACCGGAACACACACCGCCCGAGGAAAAUAGCCACCCUGCUAGCUUCUCAAGCUCUUGUGCAAGAUAAUUUACAUAAUGGCACAAUGUAUGUCAACCCCCUAACACAGACACACAAUUGUCGUAAAUGAAUGUAAAGUGCUCUGAAAUCCCUUCUUAAACGCAAUGUAUUUUUACGCUGUUUCCAAAGCAGGCUCAUCGGACAUAAACACACACAAAAGAAUGGUCUAGGGCUUCCCUGGUGGCGCAGCGGUUGAGAGUCCGCCUGCCGAUGCAGGGGACACGGGUUCGUGCCCCGGUCCGGGAAGAUCCCACGUGCCGCGGAGCGGCUGGGCCCGUGAGCCAUGGCCGCUGAGCCUGCGCGUCCGGAGCCUGUGCUCCGCAACGGGAGAGGCCACAGCAGUGAGAGGCCCUCGUACCGCAAAAAAAUAAUAAUAAUAAUAAUAAUGCAGAUAUGGGACCUGCCUUUCUAUACAUUAAAACUUAUAAACCCAUUGCAACCAAAACAGUAUGAUACAAGCAAAGGAGUACACAGAUGUUGGACAGAAGAGAAAAUCCAGAAACAGAUCCAAAUUAUAUGAGAGCUACUGUACAGUAAAGGGGGCAUUUUAACUCUGUGGAGAAACAUUUAAUAAAUUGUUUCAGGAUGGCUGGUCAGGCAUUUGUAAGAAAACAAAGACUCCAUACUUUAUACCAAGUACAAAAAUACACUGUACAUGAAUUAGAUUUAUACAUAAAAAUCAAAACAAUUAAAAUAUUGUUUAAGAAACUUGGGAGACUCUAAAUGCAUAUAUAUCUUGGAAUGGGGCAGCCCUUACAAAGCCAGGCUGGAAACUCAUAAAAGGAGUAAAGAAAAAAACAGAUAUUUCACAAGUUUCUUAAAUUAACAGGUAUCACAGAUAUAUUAAUAGCCCAAAUAUAUAAAGAUUGAUAAGAAAACAUCCCAAAAGAAAAAUGGAUUAAGGAUGGAAAAUUCAUGAAAAAGGAAAUCUAAAUGGCCAUUAAACAGGAAAAACUAUUCAACCUCAGUAGUGGCUACAAAUUAAGGCAAAGAUGAAAAUCUAUUUUUCACUGAAGGUGGUGAUUGGAUUAAAGUAGGAGUUUUCCAGGGAAGAAAAUGAAGAAGGCAGAGGACAUGAAUAGGUCUGCCCCCUCUCUCCCUCUCGUUCUCUCUCUCUCUCUCUCUCUCUCUCUCUCUCUCUCUCUCUCUCUCUCUCACACACACACACACACGAAAUAAAUGUGAAAAACAUCCCACUACUAACUAAAGGAACACAAAUUACAUGAAAAUGCCAUUUUCACUUAUCUAAUUUGCAAAGAUGUCUAUCAAUAGUAACACCCAGUGUUCUGUAGGUGAGGGAAUGGACACAUAUAUGCCGCUGGGGCAAACAGAAGAUGGUGGAAUCUUCUGGAAAUCAGUACGUCAGAAAUCUUUAAAAUGUACAUAUCCCUGGACUCCACGUGCACUUAUCCUUGGGAAGUAGAAACUCGUACAAAGAUGCACAGACAGUUGUUUGAUGUGCAGCACUGAUCAGAGGGAAAACAGAAUCAAGCGGCUAGAGCAAUGAUCUCCCGACUUUUGAGUAUUCAAUAAUGUAUAUAUUCUAAGUGCACAUUACAAAACAUACAGAAAAAAAAUUUUAAAGGAUAAAUAGGAAUUCUAACAUUUUCUUCCCACCCGUAAUGGACCACCUUGAGCGCUUCCUGGAGGGAGCACACCUUACGCUGGAGACCACCCGACCAGCCUAUCAUGUAAAGUCAGUGAAUCCUGAGAAAAGUGAGCCAGUCAAACUGUGUGGAGAGACAGACAGAACAGGACAUUUAUGCUCUUGAGCCCACAAGAGGUCAGGGAGCAGAAACAUGGUUCUGGUUUGAUCAGAGUGUUAAGGUCUUGUUCAAGUUUGAAUCCUACAGGUACCCCUGCCAGGUGCUCCCAUCCCUCGUGGACAGUAUUACCAGGAAAAUCUGCAUGAAGUGUAGUCAACUUCAGUAAUUAAAAGCUGGAUAACACGUGGUCUGAUCCAGUGCCCCUGGGGGGAAGGUCUUGAGGAGUUUGGGAGCGGUGAGGUCUUCAAGGGAAAGGAUCCCAGUGAUCUACAGGGUUCAUCAGAGUCUAUGAGCGUGGAAUUGCUGAGGGUCGUUCCUCCUACUGAUCUAGGCCUACUCUGUAUGGAUGAUCACGGUGGCAGCCUUGCUGCCUGAAAGGAAACCACCAGGAACAGCAGAAACGUGCUCUCCCGGAAGCCGUCUGCCAGCCUGGGCCCUGAGCAAUAGCUGUGUCCCAGAGCCAAGGCUGCUUCCUGGCUCUUCAAUAAGUGGUGCUGGGAAAACUGGACAGCUACAUGCAAAAGAAUGAAAUUAGAACACUCCCUAACACCCUACACAAAAAUACACCCCCAAAUGGAUUAAAGACCUAAAUGUAAGGCCAGACACUAUCAAACUCCUAGAGGAAAACAUAGGCAGAACACUCUAUGACAUAAAUCACAGCAAGAGCCUUUUUGACCCACCUCCUAGAGAAAUGGAAAUAGAAACAAAAAUAAACAAAUGGGACCUAAUGAAACUUAAAAGCUUUUGCACAGCAAAGCUGUGCAAAACAAGGUGAAAAGACAACCCUCAGAAUGGGAGAAAAUAUUUGCAAAUGAAGCAGCUGACAAAGGAUUAAUCUCCAAAGUGUACAAGCAGCUCGUGCAGCUCAAUAUCAAAAAAACAAACAGCCCAAUCCAAAAAUGGGCAGAAGACCUAAACAGACAUUUCUCCAAAGAAGACAUACAGAUGGCCAAGAAGCACAUGAAAAGC